GAGUAGGAGGAGGCAGCUGGAGGAGUAGGCAGAACCGCGAGCACUGUGCUGCCGCCGCCGGCUAGCUCGGGCUGUCUAGUGUCAGCUGUGCCUGCUUUCUUCUUCCCAUCCAUACCCACCCAGAGCAGCCUCCUCCAUCCGCAGCCUGCCCGGGAAUUGGCUCUUAUUCCGUUGCCUUGGAAGCAUAAAUGUGUGGAUAUGGCAGGGGCACAGCCAGGGGUACAUGCUCUGCAGCUCAAACGUGUCUGCGUCUCUGACACCCUGAAAAGAGGAUCCAAGUGCAUUAAGUGGGAUGAUGACUCGAAUCUUGUGUAUCCUGUUGUUCUCAAAAUGGAUCCUAAUGGAUUUUUCCUGCACUGGGUGGAUCAGAACAAGGAGACUGAACUAUUGGAUAUAAGUUUGGUGAAAGAUGCCAGAUGGGGAAAGCAUGCACGAACUCCAAAGGACCCAAAGCUGAAGGAGCAGUUGGAAGUCGGAAACUUUGGAGGUCGAUUAGAAUAUCGGAUGUUUACCAUUGUGUACGGCCCAGAUCUGGUUAACAUUUCAUAUCUGAAUUUAGUAGCAUUUCAAGAAGAAAUUGCAAAGGAAUGGACAGAUGAGAUUUUCAGUCUGGCAACAAAUUUGUUGGCACAGAACAUGUCCCGGGAUGCAUUUCUGGAAAAAGCAUACACCAAGCUGAAGCUUCAAGCCAAUCAAGAAGGGAAAAUUCCUGUUAAAAACAUAUACCGUAUAUUCUCCGCAGACAGAAAACGAGUGGAAACUGCAUUAGAGUCUUGUAAUCUUCCAUCUGGCAGAAGUGAUUCCAUCCCUCAAGAUGACUUUACACCAGAAUUGUACAGAGUCUUCUUAAAUAACCUGUGUCCCCGACCUGAGAUAGACAACAUUUUCUCAGAGAUUGGCACAAAAAGUAAACCAUACCUCACUGUUGACCAGAUGACAGAAUUCAUUAACUCCAAGCAGCGGGAUCCAAGGCUAAAUGAAAUUCUGUAUCCACCUCUGAAGCAGGGACAAGUCCAGCUGCUAAUUGAGAAAUAUGAGCCUAGCAGCAGCUUGGCAUCAAAAGGUCAGCUUUCAGUUGAAGGAUUCAUACGAUAUCUCAAUGGAGAAGAAAAUGGAGUUGUUCCACCUGAGAAACUGGAUUUAAAUGAAGAUAUGUCUCAACCCCUCUCUCAUUAUUUUAUUAAUUCCUCACACAACACUUACCUCACAGCUGGGCAGCUGGCAGGUAACUCCUCGGUAGAGAUGUAUCGCCAAGUGCUGUUAGCUGGAUGCCGUUGUGUAGAAUUGGAUUGCUGGAAGGGGCGUACCGCAGAGGAGGAGCCGGUGAUCACACAUGGGUUUACCAUGACCACUGAAAUAUCUUUUAAGGAAGUCAUAGAAGCAAUUGCUGAAUGUGCAUUUAAGACCUCACCGUACCCGAUCCUCCUGUCCUUUGAAAAUCACGUGGACUCGCCAAAACAACAGGCCAAGAUGGCUGAAUACUGCAAGCAAAUUUUUGGGGAUGGACUUUUAACAGAACCAUUGGAGAAGUAUCAACUUGAACCAGGGGUCCCUCUUCCUAGUCCUAUGGAACUGAAGUAUAAAAUUCUUGUGAAAAAUAAAAAGAAAUCGCACAAAUCAGCUGAUGGAAGUGGAAAGAAGAAACUCUCAGAACAAGCGUCCAAUGCUUGCAGCGACUCUUCUAGUGUAUUUGAGCCAUCAUCGCCUGGCGCAGGUGAAGCCGACAUUGAGAGUGAGGAAGAUGAUGAUGAUGAUGAGGAUGACUGUAAGAAAUCUUCCAUGGAAGAAGGCACCGCUGGAAAUGAAGCCAGUGCCACAGAGGAGAUGUCCAACCUGGUGAACUAUAUUCAGCCGGUGAAGUUUGAGUCUUUUGAGAUUUCUAAAAAGAGAAACAAGAGCUAUGAAAUGUCCUCCUUCGUGGAAACCAAGGGGCUUGAGCAGCUGACAAAAUCUCCUGUAGAGUUUGUAGAAUAUAACAAAAUGCAGCUUAGUAGAAUUUAUCCAAAAGGAACCCGAGUAGAUUCAUCCAACUAUAUGCCUCAGGUCUUUUGGAAUGCGGGAUGUCAAAUGGUAGCUCUUAACUUCCAAACAAUAGAUUUUCCUAUGCAACUUAAUAUGGGGAUGUAUGAAUAUAAUGCUAAAUGUGGAUACAGACUGAAGCCUGAGUUCAUGAGAAGGCCAGAUAAACAUUUUGAUCCUUUUACUGAGACAACAGUAGAUGGGAUAGUUGCAAACACAGUGUCUGUAAAGAUCAUUUCAGGACAGUUUUUGUCAGAUAAGAAGGUUGGCACCUAUGUAGAAGUGGAUAUGUUCGGGUUGCCAGUUGAUACCAGAAGAAAAGCGUUCAAAACAAAGACAUCACAAGGCAAUGCGGUGAAUCCCGUAUGGGAGGAGGAGCCUAUUGUUUUUAAAAAGGUUGUGCUUCCCUCCCUUGCAUGUCUAAGAAUAUCGGCAUAUGAAGAAGGAGGGAAAUUCAUAGGUCACCGGAUAUUACCCGUUUAUGCAAUCCGUCCAGGUUAUCACUAUAUCUGCCUGAGAAAUGAGAAAAAUGUGCCACUCACUCUACCAGCAAUCUUUGUCUGCAUAGAAGUGAAGGAUUACGUCCCCGACACAUUCGCAGAUGUGAUUGAAGCUUUGUCAAAUCCAAUUAAAUAUGUCAAUUUGAUGGAACAAAGAUCCAGACAGCUGGCUGCACUCACGCUGGAAGACGAAGAAGAAGUGAAGAAAGAGGCAGAAGCCGGUGAUGCUCCAUCAGAAACUAACAGUGAACCAAGGCCGGCACCAGCAGAAAAUGGCCUGAACCAUGCUUCUACACUAACACCGAAGCCAGCAUCCCAGUCUGUUCACAGUCAGCCAGCUCCAGGUUCUGUAAAAGUUCCUGCUAAAACUGCACCUGCUGAGGACCUCAUAAUGAGUGUUUUAACAGAAGUGGAAGCUCAGACCAUCGACGAACUGAAACAGCAAAAGUCCUUUGUUAAAUUGCAGAAGAAACAUUACAAGGAAAUGAAGGAUCUUGUAAAAAAGCACCAUAAGAAAACCACGGACCUUAUCAAGGAGCACACCACUAAGUAUAAUGAAAUUCAGAACGAUUACUUAAGGAGGCGGGCAAUCCUGGAAAAGACAGCCAGAAGAGACAGCAAAAAAAAGGGCGAAUCUGGGAGUCCGGAUCAUAAUUCCUCUACUGUAGAACAAGAUUUAGCCGCAUUAGAUGCAGAAAUGGCACAGAAAUUAGUAGAGCUGAAAGAACAGCAGCAACAGCAGCUUCUCAAUCUCCGACAAGAACAGUAUUACAGCGAGAAAUAUCAGAAAAGAGAGCAUAUCAAACAGCUCAUCCAGAAGCUGACAGAUGUGGCCGAGGAGUGCCAGAACAACCAGCUGAAAAAGCUCAAGGAAACAUGUGAAAAAGAAAAGAAAGAGUUAAAAAAGAAGAUGGACAAGAAACGGCAAGAAAAAGUCACAGAAACCAAAUCAAAAGAUAAGAAUCAAAUGGAGGAGGAGAAGACAGAAAUGAUCAGAUCCUAUAUCCAGGAAGUGGUGCAUUGCCUUAAAAGGUUGGAAGAUGCUCAAACCAAAAGGCAGGAAAAACUUAUAGAGAAGCACAAGGAGAUUCGACAGCAAAUAUUGGACGAAAAGCCAAAGGUUGAACUUGAUCAGGAAUACCAGGACAAAUUCAAGCGACUUCCAAUGGAAAUUCAAGAGUUUGUCCAGGAGGCCAUGAAGGGAAAAUUCAGUGAAGAAAGAGAACAUAGCUCUUCUCUCCUAACACCCGACAGUGGGAAGUCUCCAGUGGGGAACUCGGGAAAUCACAAAAGUCUGGAUCAUGAAGAAGAAGGUGAAGAAGAGGCUCCAGCAAAGGCAUUUGAUACAUCACUCUAACUUGGACUCGGAGGUUGCAGUAUGUCUUUGUGCUGUCGGAGGGGUGCUUACACAUUGCCUGUGAUUUAUCCUUGGCAAUCUGAUCCUGCCUCUGCAUAGUGUUACAUGGCGGAAGCUUACAGUGCUCUUUUGAAUGCACACUUCCAAGAGAAGCAGUUUUCUAUUGCACUCAGCUGUCCAUUUUUUUAGGUAUUUAUUAUUAAUCUGAGUCUUGGUGCAUUUGUCGUGAAGAAGUAACAUACAUGCAUAACCAUAUAAUGCUUCUUUGUUGGUGUAUCUGAAUAGGCAAAAAAAAGUAACUUCCAGGCCAUAUACACUGUAAAGAUUGGAGGUAGAGGACCUUCAUUCUGUGUGGAGCCCUAACACAGCCCAGGCCAGGACAGUGGGAAGGCUAAUUGACUCUGUGUUACCCAUAUCAACCAAUCCGCUUGUAUCUUUUAUGCACCGGCAUAUUCCAAUGAGAACGCUUAUCUGAUUGGUUUCUAUGGCUGACGCUACCUUUGGUCACAGUAACCACUGGGACGGUUUUCGGUGGUGUCCCCUGUUGUUUAGUCAAUAUUUGCUUUAUGUUGCACUGAGAGAUUAAACAGUUUCCUUUGCAAGCACUGGUUGCUUGCUGUUUUGAUAUUUUAUGUAUCUGUAAUAUAAGUGAAUGAUGUAUUUGGGCAAUAGGGUCCCUUGCCGGAGAAGAUCGGAGCAAAUAUUUAUUGAUGUAAGCUAUACCCACAGCAUAUCACAUGAACACAGAGGUGUCGAUCAUGUGGGUUUUUAUGGGAUGCAGAUUCCCCAGGGGAAGGAUUAAGUCAAGUGUGCAUGUCAGAACAAAGAAUACUAACUUGCUGGUUAGAUUCUGCAAAUUAGUAACAGAACAGGCGUCAGAAGCGUUGUUUUUCUGUGGUAUUAAUUUGUGUUGUAAUGUAUGUUGAAUCAGUCUUUGGAUAUAAAUAAAUAAAAAAAGAUAGAGAGAGAUAUAUAAAAAAUAUAUAUUUUGCAGGAUCAAAAAAUAUUGAUUUUAAACGAUUAUAGUUUAUGUAAACUUUUCUGAAAACUGUACACAGUGCAAAUAGGAAACCGUGGAGAAAUGUCUGUUCAACAUAUUGUGCUGUAUUCGGAAAUAAAGUUCCUAGUCGUUGUGACUGCACUGUCCGUUCAAUCGACAGAAUUUUUCUUGGUAAAAUUGUGAGAGAAAAAAAUGUCAGUUUUGCCGUCUAUUUUAGCAAGUACUUGCCUUCCCUAUGGGAUAACGAUUCAUAGAGCUCUACAUUGUGCCAUUUCUCUGUUAUUUCUAAUGGAAAUGUAUGAAUAAGACCCCAUUCACAGGAAUGUAUUUUUGGUCCUCACCUGAUUCACAUUUAUUUCAAUGAGGCCAAAAAAGAUGUGGACGGCACACCGUGUGCUGUCGGCAUCCAUAUGUCCAUUUCACAGUCCCGCAAAAAAGAUAGAACAUGUCCUAUUCUUGUCCGUCAUGAGCAGAGUAAUGAGCCAUGAUCAAUGACAUGACAUUGCACAGCUGCUACAAGGGAGAAUAUUGAAGAGGACGCAGACCUCGCACCCCUUCAAAUAGCUGAUCGGUGGGGUACCAAAAGUUAGACCCCUGCCUGAGGACUAGGCAUUCAUAUUAUGACACUGCACAACCCCUUUAAGAUGACAACCGAAUGUUACAGUUCCCCUUUUUAAAGGGUAUAUCCCAACGUAAUUUAAGUGUAACUAAACGUUCAAAUAAGCUUAAUUAAAUCCUAUUGUUUUCAAUGAAAAAUAGGCACUUGAAGUUCUUGAAGCUUUGGAGCUACACUGAUGUAAGAGGUGUGCAAAUGUACGGGUUCUGCUGUGGGUCCAGUGAGCGACGCAGUGGGCAGGGGCUCACAUCGCAGCUCCUGCCUUUACCAAUUCCGCUCACUAAAAGCUCUGGAUAGCACAUCAUCAAAGUGCUAUGGCAGGCUUAAGUGAGAGAGCACAGGCAGGAGCAGCGAUCUACUAAAAGCCUUGCAUCGAUACAGGCUUUCAGAAGAGCAGUGCGGGCACAGGCAGGCGCUCUGCAUAACACAUCGCUGCUCCUGCCUGCCCUCUUUCCACUAAAGCCUGGCAUGGCAUAUUGGUGAUGUGCUGUGCAGAAGAAACAGUCUGCCCCUGCCUGUACAGGAGCCCCGCAGUGGAAACCAUGCACUCCUACACCAUCAGCGGCGUACGACUCUAUGAAUUCCAAAGCGGUAUAGGCACCUGAACUUUUUCAUGGAAAACUAAAAAAAAGUAAAUAAAUAAAGUAUAUUGCAAAAAAAAGAAUAAAAAAAUUAGCAAAUUUUUAAUAGGUUUAAUAGAGUUUAGUUGAAAGUUUAGGUACAUGUUACCAAUCAGUGUGAACAGUGUCAGACUUUGCAGUGACACACCCUCAUGAUACUGUAAGGCCUCAUGCACACAACCGUUGUUGUGUUCCGUUCUGCGAAAUGGGGUUCCGUUAUCAAUUUCCGUUUUUGUUUCCGUGUGUCUUCCUUUA